CCGCACUGCCGGGAAGAUAAUUCCCCCGAUCCACACAUCAAACCUUCCGCAGCACUGAAGUUUGAACUUAUCCCACUUCAUCCUUCAUCCUUCAAACUUCUCUUUCUCUUCAUGGCUUCUUCUCCCAUUCAUAUUGUGGGACUCGGGAGCAUCGGGACCUUUAUCGCCCACUCGCUACGGUCCCUGCCCACGCGUCCACCCGUGACAUUAAUCCUCCACCGAGCUGGGUUGUACGACCAGUACGUAGCGCGCGAGGGGAAACUGCGUGUGCAGAUCGGGGAAUCGGGCCCCUCGACCGACCAAGGCGGCUUUGGCGUUGAGCUGCUGGGAAAAGAUCUGGCCCAGCAAGCGACUGACCCCAUCCGGUGCCUGGUGGUUACUGUCAAGGCAUCGGCCACCAUCGCUGCCCUGCGAUCCAUCCAGCACCGACUUAACCGCCAGUCCACCAUCUGUCUCCUCCAGAAUGGCCUGGGUCAGGUCGAGCAGUUGAACGAGCAGCUCUUCCCCAACCCACACACCCGACCCACCUACAUCUCCGGCAUUAUGCGUCUGGGGGUCUAUCUACGGUCGCCCUUCGAUGCCGUGCUGGCAGGCAUGACCGGCUCGGUUACCGUGGGGACCGUCGGCGGAGACGCAAACAGCUCGGCCGAACCCGCUCCAUCCCCGUCCAGUUCCACCCGCUACCUGCUAGACCGGCUGACCGAGUCCUCCAUCCUGCAAUGUACUGAAUCGGCCUGGGCCGACCUAUUCCAGGCCCAACUGCUCAAACUCUCGGCCAACUGCGUGAUCAACCCGUUGACGGCCUUGCUGGACGUGCGCAACGGGGCCCUGCUCAACAACCUUGAGGUCUUGCCCCUCCAGCGACAGCUCCUCCAAGAGGUUUCGCGGGUCUUUCAACGACUGCCCGCGCUGCAGGACCGACCCGACGCGCAGCAGCAGUUCUCCUUCCCUUCGCUGGAGGCUUCCCUGAUCAGUGUGAUCCAGCAGACCGCGAGCAAUUCGAGCAGCAUGCGCGAGGAUCUGCGCAAGGGGCGCGCGACCGAGAUUGAUUUCAUCAACGGCUGGGUGGUGCAACAAGGGGAAUCGCUCGGGGUGGAUUGUCCGGCGAACCGAACGCUGAGACAGCUCAUUCGGGCCAAGAGUAAUUCGGCCGGAACGGAGGGCCUGGCUCCGCUGUGAAAGACGCGGCUUGGCGCAAGUAUCGGUGUAUAUGACGGACGUGUUUCGCGGUGAAUACUUCUAACAUCUCGUCGCGAAAAGAUCAUACUUUCUACAG